GCGGCGGCGGCAGCGGCAGCGGCAGCGGCAGCGGCAGCGCGAACUCGGUCCUGACUGGGCUUCGCGGCGGCGGCGGCGGCGGCUCCUCGGGCUGCACCCCUCGCUCCUCCGCGCUCCCCUUCUUCCCCGUCCCCGCGGCGCUGGUUCCGGAGGAGUCGGACGGUGCGGCGAGGCGGCCACAGGCUGUGUGGGUUCAACUCACUAUCCUGAAAAUCCAUUGCUCCAAGAAGAAGGGACAAAAAGGACCUCUUUGUCAGAAAGGCGUGGGAAUCCCAUGACCGAGCCAGCAGAAAACCGGUCGGGGUGCAGCCGGACUCCAGAGCCAGAUAUCAGGCUCAGAAAAGGGCCCCGGCUUGAUGGUCCAAGGGGAGCUGAAAAUCACCAAGGAGAACUGGAACCUGUUUCAGAAGCAUUAAUUGGGCCUUCCCAUCACAAAAAAAGCUCCGAGGAACAUGAGUGCAGUGAAGAAGUUUCCCAGGAAGAUGAAGGGUUUAUGGGCAUGUCCCCUCUCCUGCAAGCCCAUCAUGCUAUGGAAAGAAUGGAAGAGUUUGUGUGUAAGGUGUGGGAGGGUCGAUGGCGAGUGAUCCCUCAUGAUGUGCUACCAGACUGGCUCAAGGAUAACGACUUUCUUUUACACGGACACCGGCCUCCGAUGCCUUCCUUCCGGGCCUGUUUUAAGAGCAUUUUCAGAAUACACACAGAAACAGGCAACAUCUGGACACAUCUCUUAGGUUGUGUGUUCUUUCUGUGCCUGGGGAUCUUUUAUAUGUUUCGUCCAAACAUCUCCUUUGUGGCCCCUCUGCAGGAGAAGGUGGUCUUUGGGUUAUUUUUCUUAGGAGCCAUUCUCUGCCUUUCUUUCUCAUGGCUCUUCCACACCGUCUACUGCCACUCAGAAGGGGUCUCCCGGCUCUUCUCCAAACUGGAUUACUCUGGUAUUGCUCUUCUGAUUAUGGGAAGUUUUGUACCGUGGCUGUAUUAUUCCUUCUACUGUAACCCACAACCCUGCUUCAUCUACUUGAUUGUCAUCUGUGUGCUGGGCAUUGCUGCCAUCAUAGUGUCCCAGUGGGACAUGUUUGCCACCCCGCAGUAUCGGGGAGUAAGAGCAGGCGUGUUUCUGGGCCUAGGCCUGAGUGGCAUCAUUCCUACGCUGCACUAUGUCAUCUCGGAGGGAUUCCUCAAGGCUGCCACCAUAGGGCAGAUCGGCUGGCUGCUGCUCAUGGCCAGCCUGUAUAUCACAGGGGCUGCCCUGUACGCUGCCCGGAUCCCAGAGCGCUUCUUUCCUGGCAAGUGUGACAUCUGGUUUCACUCCCAUCAGCUGUUUCACAUCUUUGUGGUGGCUGGCGCUUUUGUGCACUUCCACGGUGUCUCCAACCUCCAGGAGUUCCGCUUCAUGAUUGGCGGGGGCUGCAGUGAAGAGGAUGUGCUGUGAAACCUCCCAGCAGCCAGGGACUGGACCCUGAACCAUGGCCUGCGGCACCUGCGGGUCUCUCUCGCUGGCCGCUGGCGCCAGCAGCAUCAGAGAGUCCCCGGACUGACACCAUCAUGGGCCUGAGAUGGCCCAGGGCUCCAUGUGGUACACGACUGAGAAGAGAAAAGCAAAAAUAAAUCAUACCUCAAAGGA